AACGCCACAUCUCGAAUACACGUCACAGACCUUGCUAAUCGAGCGCCGGUGUUCAUGUCCGCCGCCGCAGCUGUCCCGUCCUUCUGCUGCUAACAGAAACUUGAAGCCCCGGGAUGUUUUUAUCUUCUGUUGUUCGCUUGGCUGCUUCGCAGGCGGUCAGGGGUCUGCAUCGGUCUGCUGCACGGGCUGGAGCUGGUGGCAUCUUUGUGCACAGAGACACACCUGACAACAACCCUGACACUCCUUUUGAGUUCACGGCAGAGAACAAAAAGAGGAUUGAGGCAAUCCUUUCGAUGUAUCCCGAAGGACACAAGCAGGCAGCCACCAUCCCAGUCUUGGAUUUGGCCCAGAGGCAACAUGGAUGGCUCCCCAUCUCUGCCAUGAACAAGGUUGCUGAGGUGCUGGAGGUCGCUCCUAUGCGAGUGUAUGAAGUCGCCACAUUUUAUACGAUGUUUCUGCGUCAGCCUGUGGGAAAAUACUUCAUUCAGAUCUGCACAACAACCCCCUGCAUGCUCUGCAACUCCGACAGCAUUCUGGAAGCCAUCCAAAACAAGCUGGGUAUUAAGGUUGGAGAAACCACUGCAGACAAGAUGUUCACCCUGAUAGAAGUGGAAUGCCUGGGCGCCUGUGUGAAUGCCCCAAUGGUCCAGAUAAAUGACAACUAUUAUGAGGACCUCACACCAAAGGAUAUUGAGCAUAUUAUCGAUGAACUGAAGGCAGGACGGGUCCCACCACCUGGACCAAGGAGUGGGCGUUUCUCUUGUGAACCUGCAGCCGGACUGACUUCCCUGACAGGACAUCCUACAGGACCAGGAUUCGGUGUGAGAACUGACCUGUAGAUAUUGUUGUGCCUCCAUGUGGUGGUACUCUGAGAGAAGGUUGCCGUUAUGUUUAAACAUAUUGUGUAAAUAAAAUGUUCAUGUACCUGUUG